UCCAGGUUCUGGCAGUCAGGGGAAGGGGUGGGCACGGUCCCAGGAGUCCCCCAGCCGGAGCAAUAAGCCCCUUACACAGUAGGCCCUUUGGCUUGGGCGUCCCCCCCCCCUUCUUCCAGCCUGAGCUGCGGGGCUUGUGGGCCCCCGCAGAGCCCAUGAGAAUGGGGGAGGGACCGAACCGAGUAUUAUUUGAUAGGGUUUGAACUGAUCCUUUGCUCCCGUAUUACCUUUCCUAUAACCUAACACAGUGCCUCGGGUUACACCAUUACGCUUUCAGCCCUUUGGGUCUUGGAGGCGUUGAAGGUUCCCAGAGUCUCCUUGGAAACUGCCAACACCCCUGGGAGAGGGAACCCCCAAAACUGUUAGCAUCCCACGCCCGCAAUAGGGAUUCGUUGCCCGCUAGCGGAAGGAGCUGGGCCUGGAGAACAAGACCCAGGAGGGCAUCCUGGCUGUUUCCUGAGAAUCCUAAGAUCCUGGAAUCAAGGGGCUGAGGAGAGAGUAUCAUUCUCCACCUUCCCCCCACUCCACCCCAUCUUGGCAGCUGGAGAACAGAGGCCAAAGAGGGGACUGACUUGAACAAAGAUGUGUUGAUUCUGCCAAGUAGACUGAUCAGCCUAAUCCAUUUGUACAUCAUGCAGUACAAGGACGGCCGUGACCACAUCGGGGAGCACAGAGACGAUGAACGAGAACUGGCUCCUGGGAGCCCCAUAGCCUCUGUCUCCUUCGGGGCCUGCAGAGACUUCUUCUUCCGGCAUAAGGAUUCCCGGGGGAAAAAGCCCACCCGGAAGGUAGAGGUGGUUCGGCUUCAGCUGGCGCACGGGAGUUUGCUCAUGAUGAACCACCCGACCAACACUCACUGGUACCACAGUCUCCCCAUACGAAAGAAGAUUCUAGCUCCACGGGUCAAUCUGACAUUUCGCAAAAUUUUGCCUGCUAAAAAGUAA